UCUAAAGCCCUAUUCUCCUCUGCUCUCCAUCGUCAUCUUCCUCCUAAAGCCGUCGUCCUCUUGUCGUUCUCGUUGGCCUUUACGGCUAAAGCUCUCUCUUCUUCCAGCGACUCUAUACGAUUAGAGAUCAAUUGAAAAUACUUUUUCCCUCCUUCAAUAACAUGAAAGCUCACAAAGUCCUCAGCUCUCAGAUCUUGAAACGGAAGGAGCUAAAAACAGUUGUUCCCCAUUCCUCUGCACUUUUCGCUUCAACCUCACAACUAGUCAACUCCGACCAAUCCCAAACUGCAUCAUCACAAAUAUCCCCUGAGCUCUUGAUUGAAACGGUCCGCUCUUCUCAGUGGCAUUUGAUCAAACACCAAUCACCAGAACUCAACCCAUCUGUUAUAUCAACCGUCCUCUUUAAUCUCUGCAAAACCCCGGAAUUAGCCCUCCAGUUCACUUCGCACAUCGAAUUCCAUCGGCUCGAUGUCAAAACCCGUUGCCUUGCCAUUGCAGUUGCCUCACGUCUCCCAUCCCCCAAACCCACUUUACAACUAUUAAAGCAAACCAUUUCUAGUGACAUUGCUAGUGUUACAAUCAUUUUCAAUGAGUUGGCACUCGCUCGUGACAGGUUAGGCACUUCAACUACUAUUCUUUUUGAUUUGUUAAUAAGAGCUUGUUGUGAAAUGAAGAGGGUUGACGAAGGAUUAGAGUGUUUUUAUAUGAUGAAAGACAAGAGUUUAAUUCCAAAGAUCGAGACUUGUAAUGAUAUGUUAAGUACGUUUUUGAAGUUGAAUGGAACUGAGAGUGCUUGGGUUUUGUACGCUGAGAUGUUUAAAAUGAGGAUUACGUCCAGCAUUUACACGUUUAAUAUAAUGAUAAAUGUGUUGUGCAAGGAAGGGAAGCUGAAGAAAGCAAAAGAAUUUAUUAAUUUCAUGGAGAAUUUAGGGGUUAAACCGAAUGUUGUUACUUAUAAUACAAUAGUUCAUGCUUAUUGUUCGAGAGGAAGAGUUGAAGGAGCUCGUUUGGUUUUGAAUGCAAUGAGAAGUAAAGGUAUUGAGCUGGAUUCUUACACGUAUAGUUCUCUUAUUAGUUGUAUGUGUAAGGAGAAAAGACUUGAGGAAGCAUCUGAGAUGCUUGAGAAGAUGAAAGAAAUGGGAUUGGUUCCAAGUGCUGUCACUUAUAAUACCUUAAUUGAUGGUUAUUGCAAUUAUGGGGGUUUGGAAAAGGCAUUCAGUUAUCGAGAUGAAAUGGUUGAGCGGGGUAUAUUACCAACUGUCUCAACUUACAAUUUGUUAGUUCAUGCACUGUUUAUGGAAUGUAAAAUGGGUGAGGCAGAUGAUUUGGUUAAAGAAAUGAGAGAAAAGGGGUUGGUUCCUGAUGAGAUUACAUAUAACAUCUUAACUAAUGGAUACUCCAGGUGUGGAAAUGUGAAGAAAGCAUUCAGUUUUCAUGAUGAGAUGUUAGCAAAGGGGAUUCAACCUACACAGGUAACUUAUACGUCACUUAUUUAUGUUUUAGGUAGACGGAGUAGAAUGAAGGAAGCAGAUGACCUGUUUGAAAAGAUAAUGAGUAAGGGUGUCAUAGUAGAUGUUGUAAUGUUCAAUGCAUUGAUUGAUGGUCACUGUGCCAAUGGCAAUAUGGAGCGUGCAUUUUCAUUAUUGAAGAAAAUGGAUAAAUUGAAUGUUUCUCCUGAUGACGUGACUUACAAUACUUUGAUGCAAGGGCAUUGUAGGAAGGGAAGAGUCGAAGAAGCUCGUGAGCUUCUUGAUGAGAUGAAAAGAAGGGGAAUUAAACCUGAUCACAUUAGUUACAACACUCUAAUUAGUGGAUAUAGCAGGAAAGGUGAGGUGAAGGAUGCAUUGAGAGUUCGUGAUGAGAUGUUGAGUAUAGGUUUUAAUCCCACCCUUCUCACUUAUAAUGCCCUUAUUCAAGGGUUUUGCAAAAACCAGGAAGGAGAUCUUGCUGAAGAUCUUCUUAAGGAGAUGGUUAGUAAAGGCAUUACCCCUGAUGACAGCACUUACUUGUCUUUGAUUGAGGGGAUGGGGACAAUUGAUCACUCUGUGGAAAGUUGUAACCCUUGCUGAGGACAAAGAAAGGUGUGUGGGCAUGUUUAUAACUUGUUUGCAUGGUUGUUUCUCCAAAACCAUGCAAUUGAAUGAUGCACUGUGUUUAACAAGCCCGUAGGGUCAUGCAGAAUGAAGAUGAAGAGAUGUCA